UGCCACUGUCGUGAUGUGGAAGCAGUGGUGACAGCGCGGCACUCGGCGCUGGACUUUACUCCUCUGCUACCUCCAUACAGCUCAGCUGCUGAUAUAUACUCAGCAAUGAACUGCGCAGAAGCACAGACACAGUUCUCAGCAACUCACUGACUGAACAGCAAGCUCAGCUGCAGAGUCAGCCAUGAAGUUCCUCGCGGUUCUCGUCCUCGCUGUUCUCACCGGUUGCAAUGCCAACCUCGUGUGGCAAACCCAGCCCAAACACCAGGUCGACAUGGUGAAAGAUGCUUUCUGGGACUAUGUUGCCAAGGCAACCGUGACCGCGGAGGACUCCCUGAAGCAGAUCAGACAGUCUGAGCUGGGAAAGGAAGUGAACACCCUCAUCUCUGAGAGCACUGACGCCGUCAACAAGUUCACUGGUGCUCUGCGUGCUCAGGUGGCUCCUCUGACCCAGGACCUCAUGUCUAAGUUUACCCAGGAGGCCGAGCAGCUGGGGACCCGUCUGGAGAAAGAUCUGACCGCUUUUGGAACUCGCCUGCAGCCCUAUGCCGAGGAGCUGGUGGCGCACCUCCAGCGUCAGGUGGAGGAGCUGAGGAAGGAAGCUGUCCCUUACGCUGAGGCCAUGGACCCAGAGGCCCUGAAGGCCGUCCUGCUGCAGAAGAGCCAGGAGCUGAAGGCACAGCUGGAUACGAGCGUGAACCAGCUGCAGGCCCAGAUGGUUCCCUACACCGAGGAGAUGAAGCAGAAGAUGGAGGAGAGUGUGGAGGAGUUUCAGAGGAGCAUGAUCCCCCUGGCCCAGAGCUUCCAGACCCAGCUGACCCAGAAAACCCAGGAGAUCCAGCAGACCCUGGUUCCCUACGGAGAGGAGAUGAGGACCAGGCUGGACGCUGACACCCAGAACUUGAAAAAGCAGCUGGCUGCUCUGUGGAAGUCCUUCACUAAGCUGACCCAGUAAACGGACAUCUAAGCCAGGGUUUGAAUUAUUCUCUCCUGCCACGUCAUCAGAGAUCUCUGUUGAGUCGGGGCAGUGUUUAUGGGACAGAUAAAAAGUGCAGUACCUAAUUUUCUAUGUUUUUUAUGUUCUCUCAGGGGCGACCCUCUGAAAAAUGUCAGUAUUUUGUCUUUUGUGUGACUGUUUACAGCUGUAAGGUGUUAUCUGUAAAACAACAAUAAAUAGGUUAAAUGUAUGUUAUGUUAUCACGCAGCUUUCUUACUAAUUGAAACGGAUAAUGCACAGAAGGCUUUGCCAAAACAACCACAUCCAGUAAGAAAAUGGGGCUGAAAAUUCACGCAUGUAACUAUUAAUGUCCAACAUUAUGUAUGAAAGAGAAUCUCACUAAGGGAUGUUGAAGUGAGAUUAUAUAACUUUAGAGAGAAGAAAUAAUGCAGUCUCUCUUGACGUCUCAAAUGAAAAGUGGAAUUCAUAAAGAGUAAAACGCACCAUUGCUCAAUUCAACGCACUCGGGGGUUUAAAAAUUAGGAAAUAGAUUGUGCUUUAUCAGUGACAUUGCUGAGUCAGCUUGUUGACUUUACAGUUCUUCCCUCCUUGUGCUGCUGUUAAGCAACAUUUUAGUAUUUAUCACAAUCUUGUCAUUACCUCCUGUGGCCACAGUGACUGUUUGUUCGGCAAAGGUUACGCAGUCUCACCUUAACUUUCCUAACAGCCACAUCCAGCUGCUAGACGGCCUUGAAUUGACAUAAGUUCAGCGAAAGAAUCAAAUCAAAUCAGCAAAAACAUGAAGGCAGAGCAGCAGCACGUAAAGAGAGUCUUCAAAAUGAAGAGUGCAGGCGGCGUAUGUGAGCCACACUGGGGAAAAAAAACAGCAAUACUAUAAUAAAAUUGUAAUAGUUUCCACUGUUGCUUCACCAAAAACCUGACAUUGUAAAUCUGAGGCAAAUAAAAGCAUUUCAAAUAUCCUGCAUAUUUGAAGGGCCACACUGAUACAAAAACUGAAAACACUUAAAACAUACUAAGUUUUUCACCUUUGCCAGUGGUUCCCGACCUUUUUGAUUUUGUGACUGGUCA